CAUGAAGUCGACAUUCCCCGACCACGGCUAAACUAGCAUCAGUCAUUCUUGAAUUCACGUUGCCAUGGUCAAAGCUGCCUUCGUCCCUCUUGCCGUUGUCGCCUCCGCCACAGAGGCUUUUGACAUCAACAUCAUCAACGGCACCGAAGCCCCCAUUGGCAAGUUCUUGUACACAACGGGUUUCCGCACCACGGACAUCAGCGAAAACCACUGCGUGGGGGCGCUGAUCGCCCCAAAAUACGUGUUGACCGGCGCCACGUGCGUCCACACGUCGCUGACGUACUCGUCUGUGGGGUCACACUAUUUGUCGGGGGACAGGGACGGCGAGCGCAUCAAGAUCGUCAAGCAGACCAAGCACCCUCUGUUCAACCACCACGAGUUUGAUUUUGCCAUCUUUGAACUGGAAACCGCGAGCAAAAUCGCGCCGGUGAAAGUGAACUUUGACCCGGUGGUCACCCCCGGCUCCUGGUCGACUGUGCGCGGGUGGGGCAUUUUCUCCGCCGCGGAAACUCCUUCGCCUGUUCUGCUCGAAGCUGACGUCAAGGUCUGGGACAACGUAGAAUGCGCCAAGGCCGUCGAGCCAUAUGGACCCCUCGCCGACUCGCACAUUUGUGCCGGCGGCGCUGACAAGGACUGGUGCGGCGGCGACAACGGUGCCCCGCUGAUCGUCAACAAGGCUGGCGAGGACUACGUCGUGGGGCUGGCGAGCUGGGGCGGCCCUUGUGCCACCAAGAACGUGCCCGGGAUCUACUCGCGCACGUCCAGCGCCCGCGACUUUAUCGAGCCGUACUUGCCCAUCAACCCCGUGCCCACCACCACCAAGCCGUCGUGCUAAACGAGAACACGUGACAUCCAACCGUGCCGUGCAAUACUAUGUGUGACAGAGUAAUGAAAUGUCAUUUCGUGCAAUGCUUCGUGUUUUGUUGAUGAUGUACGGCUUUUAC